AUGAAUAUAUCACCGACGCCAAGGCGCUACGCUUCACGUUCUAAGGCUAUGGCUCCUGAUAAUGCCUUCCUAUACUCAGAUCCAGUCGAUGCAGGGGAAAAUGUUAUCAAGGACAGGAUCAUCCCGGAAGAAUAUCGAUUGAACUCACAGAUGAUCAACCGGUUGAUUAAACAAAAUAAGGAACUUAUUACCAAAAUAGACGCUAAGCAAGAGGAAAUUGACAGACUAAACAUACUAGUGGGAUCUUUGAGAGGUAAAUUGAUCAAGUAUACCGAAAUGAACAAGAAGCUAGAGGACGACCUUGUCCAAGCCGGCAGCCGUGUCUCUAGCAGGAACAUGAACGAGAACGAGCAAGAUUAUAUACAGGUACCCAAGAGGCGAACCGAGACUAAGGACAAUGUGACGCCCCAUGACGAUCGAAUCAACGCGUUAAGCGACAAGCUGGACAAGUUGACCAAAUUGGUCUUACAGAACGCGGUACCAGCCUCAUCGUCCCCAUUACAGUCGCCGCAGCCACCCGUUUCGGUUGACAACCACAGAGCAGUUGUCAGUCCAUCAGAGGAAGACAUCAUGUGCAAAGAGAGCUUAGAGCUGAAACAGAUGGAAGAUCAGAUUGACUCCCUGAAGAGAAAGCUUCUAAUAAAGCGAGAGAAUGAGCUGCGCAAGAUCUCCCUCAAUCAAGAAUUACUAGAGCUGAUGGACAGGCUAAGUAUGCAGAACCCAGCCGAAAAAGAACGGGAGAGAAAUCUAAACAAUGAGUCUUCUUUGCAUAACAAUUCAGCCUCGCCAGCAUACUGUGCCGAAUGCCAUCACCACGAAAGGAACCACAACCACGUCAGUAGUAUGAGACAAACACAACCUGUGGCCAAAAAAAACCCCCAAAUCCCUGCCUCUGAUCCUUUAGAGACACCAACUCCUCUACCGAAAAGAGCGGGGUUGUCCCAGGUCGAUUUGAACGACACUGUAAAUCGUAUCUGGUAG